GGAGAUUGCUGCGCCCAGUGGGACUGGACUUGCCGUCGCCUCGCCAUGAAAGAGUCGCUCGUGCUGCUGGGCCGCGUCCCAGCGCACCCCGACUCCCGCUGCUGGUUCCUGGCCUGGAACCCCCAGGGGACGCUGCUGGCCUCGUGCGGCGGCGACCGACAAGUCCGCAUCUGGGGCAAGGAGGGUGACAGCUGGAUCUGCAAGUCUGUCCUGUCCGAAGGCCACCAGCGCACGGUGCGCAAGGUGGCCUGGUCUCCCUGUGGGAAUUACCUGGCCUCUGCCAGCUUCGACGCUACCACCUGCAUCUGGAAGAAGAACCAGGAUGACUUUGAGUGUGUCACUACUCUGGAGGGCCAUGAAAAUGAGGUCAAAUCUGUGGCCUGGGCCCCAUCUGGUAACCUCCUGGCUACCUGCAGCAGAGACAAGAGCGUGUGGGUCUGGGAAAUUGAUGAAGAAGAUGAGUACGAGUGUGUUAGUGUCCUCAACUCCCAUACACAGGAUGUGAAGCAUGUGGUUUGGCAUCCAAGCCAAGAGUUGCUAGCCUCUGCCAGCUACGACGACACAGUGAAGCUCUACCGAGAGGAAGAAGACGACUGGGUGUGCUGUGCCACUCUUGAGGGCCAUGAAUCUACCGUGUGGAGUUUGGCAUUUGACCCCAGUGGUCAGCGUCUCGCCUCUUGCAGUGACGACCGUACUGUGCGCAUCUGGCGCCAGUAUCUACCAGGCAACGAGCAAGGGGUGGCAUGCAGCGGCUCUGACCCCAGCUGGAAGUGCAUCUGCACCCUGUCAGGAUUCCACUCCAGGACCAUUUACGACAUUGCCUGGUGUCAGCUGACAGGGGCUCUGGCUACAGCCUGUGGGGAUGAUGCUAUCCGGAUAUUUGAGGAGGACCCCAGCUCAGAUCCGCAGCAGCCCACCUUCUCCCUCAUCGCCCACUUGCCUCAGGCCCAUUCUCAGGAUGUCAACUGUGUGGCCUGGAACCCCAAAGAAGAGGGCCUCCUGGCCUCUUGUAGUGAUGAUGGGGAGCUGGCUUUCUGGAAAUAUCAGCGGCCUGAGGGCCUCUGAGCCACCUUUGUUCUGGACAGAAUCAUGGUUCUCCAGAAAAGACUUUUCUCAGCUCUGGAGAUGACCUGGAAGAGUAUUCUUGACUUUCAUCUACUUUGGCUUCUUCUAUUAGGGCUUGAAAGAAGCAUUAAGCCACAUAAACACUCUUUCUGCUUCUUUGAGUUGGUAAACAACUUCACAUUGCCCAGUAGUUAGGCCAGAUUUUGUGCUUUAGGAUCGCGCUUUCUUAGACCUUUCUGAAAUCACAAACUUUGUGGAAAUAAACUGUGAAGUCACAAA